AUGGAGCCACUGCCGGAGCAUAUGUACGAGGAGAUCACUGCAGAACAAUUGGUGAUUGAUAUUGCCGCCUUGAGUGAUCUCACUGAAGAUGAGGUCCGCCAGACUGGAGUGCAAAGCAAUUUGGUUGCACUGCACCUUCAGGGGAAUGUACCGGAGAAUCGCCAGGAUUUGCAUCGACUGGCACGGGGACUGACAAUCAUCCGCCUGCCUGCGGACCCGCCACUGGCGAAUGCUCCCACGACUGGACUUGCGGCGAUUGAUGCUGCUCUUGGGAUCAAUGUCAGGAAUGGCACUGAGGAGCCUGCCUCCGCGAGUGUAGGAAUGCUUGGAGUGCUGCCCGGACCUGAUGCAGCAUUUGCAUCGAGUGAUUCGGUGCCGAAUGCUCCCGCACCGAGUGAGCCGAAUGCUGCAGCGAAUGCGGUCAAUGGCCCGAACAACUGGAUGAUUGAGACGAGCUGGACUCAGAUGACGAAAGCUGAGCGACUGUUCCUCACCAAAGGAAACUGGCAUGUGGAAUGGCGGAAUCCCCACUAUGCCAAGGAGAAUGCCUUGCAUCUGUCCAAUGGGCAAGCCUUCGAGGAGAGUGAGAAUGAGAAUGAAGAGCCGAUUGCUUUCGUGGUGUUUCGCCGCACCAAAUGUGCAGCAAUGAGGCGAUGGGUCGCUGGAAGACCCGGUGGCAAUGCCCGAAUGAAGCUGGAGAAUUACUUUAACCGCCAGUUCACUGACCAUAUCAGCACCUUCGAGUGGGAGGGAAAAUGUCCAAAUGACUGGAAGUGGACAAUGGAGGCACUGUCCCAAGCGAGUGCCGGAAUUGUCCGUGUGCCAAUGACGGACCCAAUGUGUGUGCGCAAUCUAGAGAAUGAGGAGACUGUCGCAGCCAAUGCUUGGAAUGCUCCCAAGGCCAAGGCGAAUGAACAGGCCUCUGGGAUUGUACUUGCGCAGACUGCAAUGCCCUCGGCCCUCGACCCAGGCUCCGAGAUUGUCCUGCGCAAGAAUGCGAAGGGCACAAUGCACUGA